CCUUUCCAGAAUCAAAACACCUUAACGUGACAUGUCCGUCCGAUUAAAAACACAGUUCUUGAGAAGCUCGCGUGUGAACAGGGUAAGUAGAAAAACGGAACUAUAUUUCCAUGCGGACGGGCAUCUUUGGGUGCCGCUCGUCAUUUCCUUAUGUGUAGCGGAAUGAUCUGGGGGCCGGCCUUGCUGUGGAAAAACAACUUUCUAACUUUAUUGUCGGAUCAAAUUGCGUUAAAUUCACGCACACGAUGUCGCGUGUGGUUUACUGUGACGUUCUGCGACCGAUGCGCGCGACCCACCGCUGAUUCCCGGAGUUUCCUGAUGGCACGCGGGUCUACUUGUUGCUAAAGUAACGGCGCUGUUAGCCGCUUAGCUCCGUUAGCACCGCAGCUAGGGGGGCUGUUAGCCGACUCCGACCGUCCUGGGAGCUCCGAGCGCGGCCGAGGACUACCUGCUCCCAGCGCUGCCACAGGGGCUUCGGCUGGCCGGGAGGAAGAGGCUGCCAGGCUCGGACGUUAGCAACGGGAAAUAUCUACAGUCAACGGGUCGUAAUGGGCACCAGAACCGGGUCCGGGCAGGCGGGUAACGGAGCCGGGUUGAGUAGCCUCCCAGUGAGCACAGCCGGGCCCGGAUCCAACCCUGGUGCUGAGACGGAUGGAGGCCGAUUCGAGGACCGGGAGUACAGCACCGAGGUGGUUUACAGCGGCUCCGACCAGGACUCAGACUCAGGGGACGACGAGGGUUCCGGCGGGGACAGGAGGGGCGUGAAGCGGGAGAGGAGCGAGCCGGCAGACAAGACCUCCGGAGGCCUGAGCCGGGGUUACGGCGGGGUGAGCACCGGGGUGUCUGGAGUGAAACCCGGGAAGAAGACCAGGGGCCGGGUGAAGAUCAAGAUGGAGUUCAUCGACAAUAAACUGAGGCGGUACACAACCUUCAGCAAGAGGAAGACCGGCAUCAUGAAGAAGGCCUAUGAGCUGUCCACGCUGACAGGUACCCAGGUGUUGCUGCUGGUCGCCAGCGAGACGGGCCACGUGUACACAUUUGCCACCAGGAAGCUGCAACCAAUGAUCACGUCAGAGACGGGGAAGGCUCUGAUCCAGACCUGCCUCAACUCUCCAGACUCCCCGCCACGGUCCGACCCGUCCACCGACCAGAGGAUGAGCGCCACGGGCUUCGAGGAGACGGACCUCACCUACCAGGUGGCAGAGCCGGAUGGCUGCUCUGACGGAGCAAAGGACCCGAUCAAGCUGUCCUCCUCCUCCUCAUCUUCAUCCUCCCUCCAGGUCCAGACCAGCUCCCCGUCCUGGCAGCCCCCCUCCUCCACUAAUGGGACAGUCCUGAAGACGUCGGCAAGCGUCGUCCUUCCUGGAGGAAUCACCUUCAUGUCAGGUGCCUCUCUGCCCCCCGGUGCCCACACUAUCCCCCUCAGCCAGCUGCAGGGCCAACCUGUGGCCCUCCAGAGCCCCACAGCUCCCGCCACCACGCUGCAGGCUCCGCCCACUCAACAAACCACCCUGCUCCGCCUCCCUGCCGCUGUGUCACUGUCAGGUACUGGAGUCUCUCAGCAACUUCAGACCAUCCAGGUGCAGUCCAGCAGUCAGCCGGCCAAUCAGAUCGCCUCUGACAUCAACAGCCCGUCCUCCUCUACAGCUGCCAGCCUUCCUGUCUCCAUUGUUUCUUCUUCCUCGUCCUCCUCUUCCUCCUCCGUGACAGGGCACAUGAUGUACCCUGGCAGUCACACGGUCAUGUACACCGCCCCGACGCCAUCCCUGGGCGACGGCGGCCUCACCGUGCUCAACACCUUCCCCCAGACAGGCCACACCCAGUCACAUGACCCGGCUGCCGUCCAGCAGGUCUUCCUCACGUCUCUUCCUCCAGUCGCCACACAGAUCCCGGUCUCUGCGGUCCAGCUGCACCCGAUGGUCAUCAGCCAGCAGAGCAGCAGCAGCCUGACGGAGCUGCAGGUCGUCAGUCUGGACGUCCACCAAUCAAAGGAGGACUGAGGCUCAUGUGACUGACAUCAGCUGUGUCGUCUGGACGUCAUCAUGUUUUAUUUCCUUCCUGUUUGUGAUUAUCAUGUAAACAACAACGUGGGAAGGGGCUGGACCUUCAGGUGAGCUCACCUGAGAGUCAGAAAACUGCCCAAGGAUCUCAUGACACAUUACAUGAAAUUACAUGAUGUGAUAUGACAGGACGUUCCUGAUCAGCUUGACGAUCAGUAAUCAGAUCAGCUGACUGAAAUAACUUUAUUAACACAGCACCGCGCUGAUCUGGUCCACUUAGAGCUGCUGCUGGUUCUACCAAAACCCUGGACUGAUUCAGGCUGGAUGUUGUGUUCAAGGACGGUCAGUCGUUUGGAGACUUCACCUGGAUCUCAAAGAUGGACUAAAGCUGGACUCAGACCAGCUUCAAGAUGUUCUGAACCAGCACAGACGCUGGUCCGAUCUCGGAGGAAGAAGUUUUGCAACAGGCUUCACUGCUUCCUGUUUGAUAAUGCCAUCAGCCGUUUCCUCUGAUGAUCAAUAAACCUUGUUUUGGAGAAAA